AGAAUCUCACUCUGUUGCCCAGGAUGGAGUGCAGUGGCACAAUCUUGGCUCACUGCAACCUCUGCCUCCCAGGCUCGAGCAAUCCUCCCACCUCAGCCUCCUGAGUAGCUGUGACCACAGGCGUGCACCGUCAUGCCUGGCUAAUUUUUGUAUGUUUUGUAGAGACAGGGUUUUGCCAUGUUGCCCAGGCUGGUAAUGUUCAAUUAUUUUUCAAAACAUAAAAAGCUUAGUGAGAAAAGUGGCAUUGUCUUACAUUUUUUCCAAAUGUCUUUAGUAUCUGGCUUAAUAUAAAACAGCUAGAAUCUCGUAUCUAUCUGCUUUUGCAUUCAUUCUGUUGACAGUUCACACACCAUGUAUCUUCCAGAAGACUUCACUGUACAUACACGAGAAAAUGAGAGUUAAAAAAAGCUUAGAAUUAUUAUGGAAAUAUUUUUGGCCUUAAGGACCCUCUGGAAGGGUUUCAAAGGAGGAUCCCCAGGGGUGCCCAGACCAUACUUUGGGAACCACUUUUCUAGAUAGUUGGAUACAGCCCUCAAGGAGUUCAGGGACCAGCAAGAGAGAACACUUACAGGUAUAUGUAAUGCAAUGUGUUAAGUGCUCUAAUAGAGCGGAAUAAUAUAAGUACUGUGAGGGAUCCAUUAAUUCUGGCUGGAAAGGUCAACGAAGGCUUCAAGGAGAAGCUGACAUUUGAAUUGGAUCUUGAAGGACGAGUAGGUAUGUAACAGGAAAGGUGAAGCUUUUCUUGGCUGAGAAACAGCAUGAGUAAAGGCAGGAAGCAAGGAGUACACGUAAGUCCAAUGUUCCUAGAAUAUAACAUGCAUGAAGACAAGUGACAGAGGAGGCUGGAAGAGUACAGUGGGAGGGCAGGCUGAAUAGAGCCUUUAUUCUGCAGGCAAUGAGGAAACAACUGAAGACUGUAAAGCAGAACCACACAAGAAUAUUAGCUAAUCUUUGUGCUCCUACUCUGUCUAGGCUAGGCACUGAGAAAACUUAGUUUUCUUACCAAUCCAUUGAAAGAGGAAUUACUAGCCUCACUUUACAAGAAACAGGCUUCUGGUAACAAAUUUGCCUACUUGGAUCUGUAUUAUGAAACUGACCUCUAUUAUUAAUACAUUUUUCUGAAGUUCAUAGGAUUGAGAUUUUCCAGAGGUAUGGAUAAUAAUACAGGGUAGGGUAAACAACAGAAACUGAGGUCCUCUUGGCUUCCUAGAAAGAAGUGGUUGUGCCGGGCGUGGCUCACGCCUGUAAUCCCAGCACUUUGGGAGGCUGAGGCGGGUGGAUCACGAGGUCAGGAGAUUGAGACCAUCCUGGCUAACAUGGUGAAACUCCGUCUCUACUAAAAAUACAAAAAUUAGCCAGGCGUGGUGGCAUGUGCCUGUAGUCCUAGCUACUAGGGAGGCUGAGGCAGGAUAAUAGUUUGAACCCAGGAAGGCGGAGGUUGCAGUGAGCAGAGAUCACACCACUGCACUAUAUCCUGGGCAACAGAGCGAGACACGUCUCAAAAAACAAAAAAAGAAGUGGUUGUUCCUUGAACAGGCCCAGUAAGGCAGGAGGAGCUGCUGGUCUUCUCCCAGCUCCCUAAAGAUUUUUCUGCUGUCCCUAGUGCUCAUAACUGCCACCCUCCCUCUGUAAUUGGUACUUGACUUCAGGAGUAUCUAUUACAAAGUUUUAGCAGAAAUAAAGAAAUGAACUAAGACCAAACUCACAAGAGAUAAUCAAAUACAGCAAUUAAAAUUACCAGCCAUUUUUUUUUUUCAAAGGAUAGUGGUCCAUGUUUCCUUUUUGGCUGUUGUAUUCUGUGGUUCUGGUUGCUAAGGAAGUAUUAAUAAAUAUGAAUUGAAUAUGUUGCCUGCUUGGAAGCAUAAAAGAGAGUAAAUAGUUCUGGGGACUGAGCUGCUUCUCUGUGAGUUUACUUUGCCCCACACCAGACAUGUAUGUACGCAGUACUGCCCAACUUUUACAUAAGAUCUCAGGUUGAUGGUCUACAUAGUACUGAACAAUAGGAGAACCCUAAAAUAUCUGUCAGGCUGGGCGCGGUGGCUCACACCUGUAACCCCAGCACUUUAGGAGGCCGAGGCGGGCAGAUCACUUGAGCUGAGUUUGAAACCAACCUGGGCAACACGACGAAACCCUGUCUUUACAAAAAUAUGCAAAAAUUGGCCGAGCACGGUGGCUCACGCCUGUAAUCCCAGCACUUUUGGGAGGCUGAGGCGGGCGGAUCACAAGGUCAGGAGAUCGAGACCAUCCUAGCCAACAUGGUGAAACCCUGUCUCUACUAAAAGUACAAAAAAUUAACUGGGCGUGGUGGCACACGCCUGUAGUACCAGCUACUAGGGAGGCUGGGGCAGGAGAAUCGCUUGAACCCGGGAGGCGGAGGUUGCAGUGAGCCGAGAUUGCGCCACUGCACUCCAGCCUGGCGACAGAGUGGGAAUCCGUCUCAAAAAAAAAAAAAAAAAAUUAGCUGGGCGUGGUAGUGCGAGCCUGUAGUCCCAGCUCCUCGGGAGGCUGAGGUGGGAGGCUCACUGGAGCCCAGGAGGUUGAGGCUGCAGUGAGCCGAGAUCGCACUACUGCACUCCAGCCUGGGCGACAGAGCUAGACCCUGUCUCAAAUAAAUAAAUAAUAAAAAUCUAAGACUACGAUAACCCUACAGUUGGCCCGCGGGGCAUUCAACCUUCCAUGGAUUGAAAAUAUUCGGGAAAAAUAAAGACAAUAAAACAUAAUACAAAUAAAUACAGUAUAACAACUAGUUCCAUAGCACUUGCAUUGUAUUAGGUAUUAUACUUAAUCUAGGGGAUGGUUUAAAUAUCUGGGAAGGUGUAUGCAGGUUAUAUGCAAACACUAUACCAUUUUACAUAAGGGACUUGACCGUCUGCGGAUUCUGGUGUCUACGGGGUCCUGGAACUAAUCCCCAUUUCAUGAGAGGGGAUGACUGUACACACGUCAGUGUGUAUUAGGCCAUCAAAACGCCUCCGGGAAAUUCUCGGGUUAUUUUGAAAACCCCUUCCCUCCCCAAGACCUUUAACCUAGAGGGCUGUUGGGGCGGUCUCCUAGGAGACCACACAGAAACGACUGCGCAUGCGUGCAUUCCCCCCCACUCCCCCCCCCCCCCGGCUGAUGCAACCUCACGCUGCCGUGCGGCUCUUCCUCGAGUAAGGAAGCCGACAGGGAAAUCUGGCAAAACCAAUCGGCGGCCACACGGAAGUGGGCGGAAAGGCCCGCCCGCCGGGGAUUUUGCGAGUGACGUUGGGCGGCGCGGCGCUAGCGGCGUAGACGCCCAGCAGUCCUGCGUCUCUUCCGGCGGCUAGGGGGGUGUCCUGCCGGCGCGCGGGCCCUGCGGCCAUUUUGGGCUUCGCUUCCAGCGCAACAGCCGGCCUACCCAGUCCUUCCGGUAUCGCGUUGCCCAGGGGCUUUUCAACCCUCUGUCAGUCGGAAAACCAUCGCCGAGGCCGUGGGGGGACUCCUAUCCAUGGUGUUGAAGCGUCGAGCCGACUAGGGAACCUCCUUCCCCGCCAGGAUGGAAGUCGCAUCUGUCGCCGCCUAUUGCGCGGGCUGUUCUUCCCUGUGUUCUGCCGCCCGCUGCCGCAUUCGCUGCCCUCUGUGGCUUUUCUGCUGGCUCGAAGAUCGGCCUGGAGCAGCGACGCCACCGCUGGGCAAGGCCGAGACUCUGUAGGCUUCCUCCGAAUCCCGUCGACCUCCAGCCCCUGAGCGCCGCGGCCCUACCUGAGAGACUGUCAAGAAAAAGGAGAUGGAGCCGGGGACAGGCGGAUCGCGGAAACGGCUUGGCCCUCGGGCGGGCUUCCGGUUCUGGCCACCCUUUUUCCCUCGGCGAUCGCAAGCAGGCUCUUCUAAGUUCCCGACGCCUCUUGGCCCGGAAAACUCCGGGAGCCCCACACUGCUUUCCUCUGCCCAGCCCGAGACUCGGGUCAGUUACUGGACGAAACUGCUCUCCCAGCUCCUUGCGCCGCUCCCCGGAUUGCUUCAGAAGGUGCUAAUUUGGAGCCAACUUUUCGGUGGAAUGUUUCCGACCAGAUGGCUAGAUUUUGCUGGAGUCUACAGCGCCCUGAGAGCCCUGAAGGGACGGGAGAAACCAGCCGCCCCCACAGCGCAGAAAUCUUUGAGUUCGCUGCAGCUCGACUCCUCAGACCCCUCGGCCACCAGUCCCCUUGAUUGGCUAGAGGAGGGGAUCCACUGGCAAUACUCGCCCCCAGACCUAAAAUUGGAGCUUAAGGCCAAGGGAAGUGCUUUGGACCCUGCAGCACAGGCUUUUCUCUUAGAGCAGCAGCUGUGGGGAGUGGAGCUGUUGCCCAGUAGCCUUCAAUCCCGUCUGUACUCUAACCGGGAACUUGGCUCUUCGCCCUCUGGGCCUCUAAACAUUCAACGCAUAGACAAUUUCAGUGUGGUAUCCUAUUUGCUGAACCCUUCCUACCUGGACUGCUUUCCUAGGCUAGAAGUCAGCUAUCAGAACAGUGAUGGAAAUAGCGAGCUAGUCGGCUUCCAGACACUAACCCCAGAGAGCAGCUGCCUGAGAGAGGACCAUUGUCAUCCCCAACCGCUGAGUGCAGAACUCACUCCGGCCUCGUGGCAGGGAUGUCCACCUCUUUCUACGGAAGGCCUACCAGAAAUUCACCAUCUUCGCAUGAAACGGCUGGAAUUCCUUCAGCAGGCUAGCAAGGGGCAAGAGUUACCCACCCCUGACCAGGAUAAUGGCUACCACAGCCUGGAGGAGGAACACAGCCUUCUCCGGAUGGAUCCGAAACACUGCAGAGAUAACCCAACACAGUUUGUUCCUGCUGCUGGAGACAUUCCUGGAAACACCCAGGAAUCCACUGAAGAAAAAAUAGAAUUAUUAAGUACAGAGGUUCCACUUGCUUUGGAAGAAGAGAGCCCUUCUGAGGGCUGUCCAUCUUGUGAGAUACCUAUGGAUAAGGAGCCUGGAGAGGGCCGAAUAAGUGUAGUUGAUUACUCAUACCUAGAAGAUGACCUUCCCAUUUCUGCCAGACCAGCUUGUAGUAACAAACUGAUAGAUUAUAUUUUGGGAGGUGCAUCCAGUGACCUGGAAACAAGUUCUGAUCCAGAAGGUGAGGAUUGGGAUGAGGAAGCUGAGGAUGAUGGUUUUGAUAGUGAUAGCUCACUGUCAGACUCAGACCUUGAACAAGACCCUGAAGGGCUUCACCUUUGGAACUCUUUCUGCAGUGUAGAUCCUUAUAAUCCCCAGAACUUUACAGCAACAAUUCAGACUGCUGCCAGAAUUGUUCCUGAAGAGCCUUCUGAUUCAGAGAAGGAUUUUUCUGGCAAGUCUGAUCUAGAGAAUUCCUCCCAGUCUGGAAGCCUUCCUGAGACCCCUGAGCAUAGUUCUGGGGAGGAAGAUGACUGGGAAUCUAGGGCAGAUGAAGCAGAGAGUCUCAAACUGUGGAACUCUUUCUGUAAUUCUGAUGACCCCUACAACCCUUUAAAUUUUAAGGCUCCUUUUCAAACAUCAGGGGAAAAUGGGAAAGGCUGUCGUGACUCAGAGACCCCAUCUGAGUCCAUUGUGGCCAUUUCUGAGUGUCACACCUUACUUUCUUGUAAGGUGCAGCUGUUGGGGAGCCAAGAAAGUGAAUGUCCAGACUCGGUACAGCGUGACGUUCUUUCUGGAGGAAGACACACACAUGUCAAAAGAAAAAAGGUAACCUUCCUUGAAGAAGUUACUGAGUAUUAUAUAAGUGGUGAUGAGGAUCGCAAAGGACCAUGGGAAGAAUUUGCAAGGGAUGGAUGCAGGUUCCAGAAACGAAUUCAAGAAACAGAAGAUGCUAUUGGAUAUUGCUUGACAUUUGAACACAGAGAAAGAAUGUUUAAUAGACUCCAGGGAACAUGCUUCAAAGGACUUAAUGUUUUCAAGCAAUGUUGAGUUGGCAGCCUGUAGUCCUAGCUAGCAUACGCUACCUCUUACCUGAGAGGUGUCUUUUAAAAACAAAUCUUGGCAGCUGUCCUUUGACAUUUUUUUUUUUUUUAGAGGAAAUGUAACUUGGAUCUGGUUUAAUUUUUUUUUUUUUUUUUUUUGCAACAUAUCCCACUCAGAAACAUUCAGGUUUGAAGCCAGCCCUGAUAAUGAAGGAUGAACUAGUGUGAUUUCUAAUCCUCCCUUUUUUGAUUUAGUUGGAUGUGCUUUUAAAUGUCCUUUGCCUGCAUGAGGUGGAAAGGGGACCUUUUUGAGUUGUCAUUUUGCACUUUCAAAACUUAUUUUCUUGGAAAACAAUAUUUAUAGGGCUUAAAGCCCAUUUUCAUUUCUAAUCUAAAUUAUGUGUGCCUAUCUGAAAACUUUGGGCUCUUUCUUGUUUCUUUCCCAAAAUUCAGAAGUUAAUGGGCUUUUAUGUUUUUCUAUAUUUUUUUUAUUUCAAUGAUUUGGCCUGUCUGUGUUAGGCUAAAAAAUAACCUUGUGUAUGCUACCAACUUAAAGUACAUUAUUUUGUGUCACUUUUUUUUUUUCUUGUAAAAAUGACUUGGAUUGAAAAUAUGUGGUAGCCUUUUUAUUUCUACAUUAAGUUCUACCUAGGAUAUUUCCAAGGACUGCCACAAAACCCAUAUGUGCAGUACUUUACUACUUUGGGAAAGCUGCAUCUUUCUACCAGAUUUUAACAUCUAAUAUAUUUAAUUUCUUUGGAGAGGGUUCUGUAUAUGUUAUUGUAGUUCCCAGUUUAAUAUAGUUCUUUGUAUCUCUUAACAGGUUGAAGUUAUUGCAAAACACUCUGGAAAGUAAUAAUUACAUCAUAAUCAUUUAUUUUUUAAACUUAAAAGCCUAGACAUUUCCUAGAAAGAAAAUAGGAGACAUCUCAGAGCAAUUUGGUUUUGGUGUAUAUGUUCUCAACAGAAAACCAGUGUUAAUGAAUAUCAUGCCUCAGCACUGUCACUUUUAAAACCUGUCAGGAUCCCACUGUAAAAUUGGAAAUGGGCAGUUCUGAAUUUUCACGUUUGAAAUGUAAAAUAUAAACUUCAGUCAAUAUCCAGGUUUAUUGUGUCCUACUAUUUAAUAAUGAGAGAAGUAAUGGCAAGGCCUUUACUUUCAGGAAAGGAUAGAAGUAUAGAUUAAUGACUGGAAAGUUUUAAUAUAUUUAGCCCAAAGGUUACUUUGAAUUGAAGUCUUUGCAUUGACUGUUUGUGUUUGGUUUAUUUGUUUAGCUUUACAAGGUACACAUAAGUUAGGUUGAGGGGUUGUUAACCCUUCAGUGGUCUGCUUUCAUUCCGUGUGCUUCCUGUCACAGGUAAUGGAAAACAUAAGUAGAAUAGGUGACCUCUUAGUUUUGAACUUAAGUGUGGGGAUGAAUUUUUCAUCAGAAGUGCUUACAGGGUUACUACCUCAGUUUACAAUCUACCUGGUCAUUAUUUUAUUUCUAUCCGGUUCUAAGAACUGCCUCCACUGUUUAUAUAUUCAUAAUUAAACACAUUGAGAAUGCAACACUAUAAAAGCUGGUCAAAUUUUUGCAGAGCCCUUAUUCUGUGUGUUUUUUGUUUUUUUCUUUUUUUUUUUUGAGACAGAGUCUCGUUCGGUCGCCCAGCUUGGAGUGCAGUGGCGCGAUCUCGGCUCACUGCAACCUCCGCCUCCUGGGUUCACGCGAUUCUCCUGCCUCAGCCUCCCGAGUCGCUGGGAUUACAGGCACACACCACCACGCCCGGCUAAUUUUUUGUGUCUUUUUAGUAGAGACGGGGUUUCGCUAUGUUGGCCAGACUGGUCUUGAACUGCUGACCUCGUGUUCCGCCCGCCUCGGCCUCUCAAAGUGCUGGGAUUCUGUGUGUUUUGUGCACCUCUACUUUAGGUAAUCAUAGGGAGCACAUUUACAGGAUGGUCUAAUAACAUGAAAACAGGCUAGUUUCAAGCAACAGCAAUGUCGGUUGGAAAGCAGGCAUCAUUUGCCUUGAAAAAAAAAGCCUUUUGACAACAUACAGGCAUUCUUUUAAAACCAGGCUGAAACAUUUUAUUUCCGAGACUUAACGUUGUGUUUCCUGUUUCUUAAACCUAGCACCUCUGUGUAUUUGAAAAUAAUGAGACAUCUUUCAUUGGAUUUUGGAAAAUUGUUCCCCAUGGGAUUCUAACCUCACUACCAAAUGAGUGAAAGCUUGAUUAAGAGUUCUUCCAUAUACUAGCCUCCUUGGAAGAAGUGAUCAGAAGGUGAUAAGAAGGACAGAAAGGACUAUUUUAAAGUUGGACUGAAGGAGAAAAAAGCAAAAUUCUUGUUUCAUCCCAAUUCUAGUUAGAACAAAGUUAAACCCCCAUAAUCUUAAAGAGAAAAUCUUUGGAGGUUUUAAUUAAACAUUUUAUACAUUUAAAGUCUUGUUAAUGGUGCUUUAAGUGUCAAUGUAGCAUGUAAAAGGCUUUGUACAGACAGGUAAAAGUUCCAUUUCUGAGUGAUGAAAUGUAACACUUCUUCAUCUUUAACUUGAAAUCAAAACUAUCAGAUUUUAUUUUUGUAUAAUUUAAGGAAGGUAAAGUUAGGGGACUAGAAGACUCUAAAUUGGCUUCUACAGAUCAAUAAUUUAAAUGUAACUAGUUGGGAUUUUAUAGUUAAAAUUAUAUUUGUGUAUAUAACAUAACUAAUCUGUAAAUUGUAAUAAAUAUAUUUGCAAUUAUUAAA